UCGCUGGUAUCGACAGUACCUUCUUGAGUAGGCGUAAAACAACAACCUGGGUCAAACUAUAUUGGUUUAAAUUGACAUCAGUCAAGUUCCUGUAUAGCAAUUGGCCAUUCUGUCUUGCUUCUGUUUCAACGAACUGCAGUGUAGCGCGGUGCUCUGUGGGCUAUACGCAGGACUUUUCCAGGCUGUGCAGGGCUGCUGUGGCAAGAGGCUGUGUCGCAUUUUAGUAGUUUAGUUCGGACAUUGCCAAGUAAAACGACAUCUGCGAGCGGUUUUGCAAUAUCGUUGGGGAAAGUUGGGGACCUUUAAAUUCGCAAAAGUCAGUUUGUAAGAAACUUUCCAAAAAGUUGCGAAUAUGGAUGAGCACGUUUCAUCAACAACCGCUAACAACGAGGAGGAACUCGACAAACUCGUGCCAGAGCUUGGGGCAGAAGACACGGGGGUCCAAGAAAAUAACGAGGCCCUGGCUAAAAACUCUGUAGACGAUGAUGAGGAUAUACUAGAUCUAAUCGGCGAAGAAAAGGAUGAUAAGCACAUAGCUGAGGAGGAUCCGCCGGAAUCUUCAUCUUCUGGCCCCGAGCCCCAACCAGCCACAGAGCCAGAGGCACCUCUAACUACUGACAGCGCUGUUGCAGAAUCCACGGAGGAGCCAACAAAGGUUGACACUGAAGACAAAACUCCCGAACCAGAAAAAGAAGAAAUAAUUGACGAGCCGACAACGGAAGACAAAAUCCUUCAGCCUGAAACAGAAGAUAACAUUGUUAAACCUGAAAUUGAAAGUACAGCUGUCCUGCCUGAAACAGAAGAUUCAGUUCACGGACCAGAUGCACCCAUAGAGGCACCUGUGAGUCUGGAGAAAGAGUCACAUUCGUCGGAGUCGGCAGCACCUCGUUUAUUGCUCCAAAACUGGAACAUAGACAGCAGAGACGAACCCAUAAUUUCCUCCUCUGCUUCAUCUCAACCUCAGUCACUUUCUUCUUCAGCAAACGUGGAUGCUCCACACCUUCAGUCGCAAGACAACGUAAAAGAUAUGGAUGAAGCAUCAAAAGACUUGUUUUCUUCAAAGGCAUCUUGGUAUGAAACCAACAUGCUCUCAAGCAAAGCAGGUGCCGAAGAUGACUUUCUAUUUGAGAGGAAGCCAUCUGCGUCUCCAAAUAAUCCUUUCCAGAGCUUUGCCCCCAUAGGUGAUUCUAGUAGCGACUUUGCCCUUCCUGGGGAGGCUGUGUUUGACAGCAGGGCUGGAAAAAUGUCUGAAAGUCCUACACCAGACUUGGUGCAAUAUGCUCAUGACGGUGAAUCGCAAGGGACCACUUCAACUAAGCACAGAGAAGAACCCCUUGUUGACCUGGUGCAUAAAGUUUCAGAUGCAGUCGUGGAACCGUCCGACCCUUUGAUGAACCUCCCAACAGCCGCUCAGGAGUCUGACAAAUCUUCAACACCUUCCUCUCUGCCAGAUAUCUUAAAGUUGUCUCCUCUGAACCCUGACAAAGAUGAUUCGGGUUCGUCGGAAGGCAGUUCUGACUGUGAACGUAGUCCCAUCCGGGGGCUUCAGAGUGCCUCUCAUUCGGCCUUGAAUGCGUUCACCUUCGACUCCAAGGCCCUGCUCCUGAAGGAAAUGGCUGAGGAGACAGAAGCCCGGGCCGCUGAGAAGAGGAAGCAAGAUGGAGCAUCGGCCCACGAGCAGAGCUUUGGCACGUUUGAUCUUUUAAAGGAAGCUGAGACCACCUCCAAGGUUCAAGGUCUCCAGUCAAUGAUGGAGGAGGAAGAAAAAGACUGGAUGUUCUCCAGCAAAGAAUCUGUGAAAUUACCAGACAGGUCAGGGUCUCCCAGCCACCCAUCCUCCAUGAAUCUGCCGCCAAGCCCUCCUUCUAAAAACGUUGUGCCCGAGGAAUCGGACUCUGAAAGCCCCAUAACCGAUUCUCUGUCUCCAGUCUUGGAUGCGAUGGCGAAGAAUCCAGAGAGCUUUCAAGUAGAGGUUGAGAGCAGGUGUGUGAAGGAUUCCAAAGUGACACUUGAGAAGGAGGUUAAGGGACUGUUUGGAGAGGAACCCGAGGCGCAUGAAGAGGUGUCUGAGCACGAGGUCUCCUCGGAGGAGUUUGAAUUUGUAGAGAGACCUCCCAAGGGCGUGAUCGAUGAGUUCUUAGAAACCCUAGAUAACUCCAAGCUUGCAAAGGCACCGGAAAGAGGUGUGGAGUACGACUUACCAACCUUUGGCCAGAGCAAGCUGUUUGCAGAGUUUGAGGAAGUUGGCUCGUCUCCAAUGUCCUACGACUUCUUAAGCCAGCCUACAUCCAAAGCAGACCUGGAAACGCCGGAUGUUCCUUCGGAGAGUCUUGAGCGCAAUGUCCAGAAGAUCACCGCGCUCUCGCGUGGCCCCCUCAGCCGCCCUACCCCAGAAGAGCUGCCAAAGCCCACGGCCCCAUGGGACGCAAAGGAGGAUGGGAUGCCCAGUGCGCCGGCCCGGCCCGAAGCUCCAAAACCUGCCAGGUUGCCAAAUCUGAGCGCAGAAGCAGUGGUGGAUCUCCUGUACUGGCGGGACAUUAAGACGACGGGCGUGGUGUUUGGGGCCUGCCUCUUCCUCCUCCUCUCCCUCACCGUGUGCAGCAUCGUCAGCGUCUGCUCCUACGUGGCCCUCACUCUGCUGUCCGUCACCAUCGCCUUCAGGAUAUACAAGGGCAUCCUGCAGGCCAUCCAGAAGUCCGACGAGGGGCACCCCUUCAAGGCUUACCUGGAUCAGGAUGUGGCUCUCUCUGAGGACAUGGUCCACAAGUACAGCGACUUGGCCCUGGAGCGCAUCAACGUGUGGAUCGUCGAGCUGCGCCGCCUCUUCCUGGUCGAUGACCUGGUGGACUCCCUGAAGUUUGCUGUGGGGAUGUGGGUGUUGACCUAUGUUGGUGCCUUGUUCAAUGGUCUGACUCUCAUCAUCUUGGCUCUGGUCGGAGUGUUCAGCUGCCCAGUUAUUUAUGAGAAAAAUCAGAAACAAAUUGACCAUUACGUGCAACUAGUAACCGGCCAAGUCAAAGACAUCGUUGCGAAGGUCCAGGCCAAGGUCCCGGGACUGAAGCGUAAGGCAGAAUAAGGAUCGGAUGCUGGAGCCCGCAUCUCUGGGACGUCUGUGGGAAGGGGUGGGGUGGUUGGGGGUCAUGGGUCAGGGGUCGGUAACCCUGCACUUGUAAUAUUCACAUCUUUCAACUUUCCAGUUUAACUGUUCUCUAGUGUUGUGGGAAAACUAAACUCGUCAGCCUGUCACUGGGUCUUUUUCCACCUGCUCUAAAGUAUUCUAUGCCACUACACGAGAAACUGAAAACUUUAUUUAUCGUGUUUAAAACACUGGGGUUUGCCUUUAGAAGGAACAAAGGAGAACUACCAAUAGGAGCAGAGAUGACUGAGCACGCUCUGUCCGGGCCAGUAACGUACGGAAUCAUGGUGUGCAAGCAGAGGUGGUGUCAUUUUUUUUCUUUUCCUUUUUUUCACCCACAGUUUGUUCAAUUUGACAUGAAGGAUGGUGGCAAUUUAUUUUUUAAGGGGGAGAAAAAAGAAAGAAAGUUUGAUUUGGUACCAUUAUGGCAAGAACUGAGUACCUAAACUGAUUUUUUUUUUUGGUAUAAUAAAAGCAAAUAUAGUGGUUAUUGUGAUUUUACUGUUUUAUUGAUUAUGUAGUGUUUCACAAAGAGCUUGUAGUCUUGUUCAGCAGCUCCACAGUGCUCGGCAUCACGUUUCCAAAGCCCACCGCCCGCUGUCCCGUACACCUUCAUGCUUUCGCGUACGCGUAGGAACAUGUAGCAUUUCUGCGGUAAAAGAACAUUUUUACUGUGCCCUGGUCGCCCCAUUGCAGCUGCCGCCUCAGACUUUGGAAGAACACGUUUUACAAAUCAUGGAACUUCAAGAAAGGAAAAAACUAAAAACUCUGCUGUCUAAUCUGUGGAUCCACUAUCUGAAGCUGCGGCGACCAUCUGAACUUGGAAACGUGAAAAGCAUUUGUUUGUCAUGCAAGUAAUUGUGAAUGGAAAACUUCAUGCAAUUUGUGAUGAGUUCCGCUGAGAACUGUCUGUGGAUGCAUUGUGAAAUGUAAACAAAUACCAAUAAAGCUAAUAGACAAACGA